GCCAGCCAGCCAGCCAGCGAGCGCGAGCGGUGUGUGUGUGUGUCCUAUUUUAACGCGGAGACGCGCGCCGCCUCGCCUCUCUCAUGGAUCUCACGAUCCCCACCGCCACGCAUACCUCCUUGGCCGAGCAGCGGCGCCGGCCACGGCUCGUCGACGGGCACGCGAUGGAUCAGCAGCAGCAGCCGCGGCAGCGGAGAUCAAGGAAGAGGGAACGGCCGCCGCCGCCGCCGGGGCGGAGUGGCCAGCAAGAAGAGGAGGCGCGGGAGGAGGACGUCGACAGGUUCUUCGCGCUGCUGGCCGACGUCAGGGAGAUGAGGGAGCUGUGGCGGCGGAACGGCGGCGGCGAGGCCGCGGCCCAGCGGACGACGAGGGUGGACGAUCGCCCAAGCCAGGAUCAGCGGCAGCUGUGGCGGCCGACGUUCGUGAUGGAGGACUUCGCCUUCGAGUUGAAGGGAAGCGAGGUCCAAGCGGAGAAGAAGAAGGUCGACGACGCGCCUAAUCUCGACCUAAGUUUAUCUAUGUGAUCAUUUUUUUUCUUUGUCAUGCCUACAUUGGAAAUGAGAAUUAAUACAAUGUUUGUUUGUUAAUUUGCUCACUCUAUUGUGUGUAAUUUAAGAGAAUUUUGCUCCCAUGUCGCAUAAUUAGUGGCAACUGAAGAAACUAAUUUGGGAAGGGGAUCAUGUCGGAACUUUUUCUUUAUCGGCUAUGCUAGUUCACUCCUUUUGAUAUUCUGGGGGUUAUUUGGCUGUCCAAGUGUACUCGCCUAGCAAAUAUAAUUCAUCUAGGCUAAAUUUGGCUUGGCCAGGUAGAUGCAAUGUGGGUGUUUAGUUGGAUAGUU